AUGGCUCUUAAGCUGGAUAUGUCAAAGGCGUAUGAUCGUGUGGAAUGGCCUUUUGUGAAACAAGCCCUCACUUCCAUGGGGUACCCAAGUCAUAUGGUGGAGCUCAUUAUGAGAUGUAUAUCAACGGUGUCUUACCAGAUUCUCAUUAAUGGUCAGCCUAGCUCCUCCUUUAAACCUGAAAGGGGUUUACGGCAGGGGGACCCACUCUCACCUUAUCUUUUUAUUUUGUGUGCUGAUGUUCUUUCAGGUUUACUUCACAAGGCAGCCUCCCUAAAAGAGAUCCAUGGCAUCAAAGUGGCAAGAUCAGCUCCACAAUUAUCUCAUCUUUUCUUUGCUGAUGACAGUCUGCUUUUCUCAAGGGCAACUCCUCAUGAGGCGUCCAAGAUCCUCAAUAUACUUGCUACUUACCAACAAGCUUCAGGCCAAAUGGUGAACCUUGACAAGUCUGAAGCCUCCUUUAGCCGAAAUGUGCAGUUAGAAGAGAAAAAUAUGAUCUGUAAUAUGAUGGGUGCAAAGGCGGUAGAGGCUCAGUCUAGAUACCUUGGAUUUCCUAUUCCUUUUGGAAGAUCUAAAAAGGUAGUCUUUUCAGUUGUCAUGGAUCGGGUUUGGAAGAAGGUGAAAGGAUGGAAGGAGCGGUUCCUAUCUAGAGCCGGCAAGGAGACUCUCAUCAAAGCGGUUGCUCAAGCCAUUCCUAAUUACAUUUUGAGCUGCUAUAAAAUGCCAGUGGGUUGUUGUAAAGAGAUUGAUUCAAUGCUAGCUAAGUUUUGGUGGGGCUCGAACACGGACCAAAAGAAGAUACAUUGGAUGAGCUGGGAAAGAAUGUCCAAGGCCAAAGCUGAUGGUGGUUUGGGAUUUAGAGGUAUGGAGGAAUUUAACAAGGCUUUAUUAGGGAAGCAUUGCUGGAGACUUGUGGCAGGGGAGUCAUCCCUUUUAGAAAAGGUGUUCAAGAGCAGGUAUUAUCCAAAGGGCGAGUUUCUAGAUGCUAAAGAAGGAUACCUACCUAGUUUCGCGUGGAAAAGCAUUCUUAGUGCGCGGGGGCUGCUUGCAAAAGGGGGAAUGUGGAAGAUUGGUAAUGGAAGGAAAGUGCGGAUUUGGAAGGAUAUUUGGAUGCCGGAUUUGAAACUCCUUGAACCGGGGGAGGGAAGUCUCACUAUACAUGUUGAUGCUUGUGUAAAGGAACUUAUUGAUGAAGACACCAAGCAAUGGAAUAGGGAGGUGAUUUUCGCAAAUUUUGAGAGAGAUGUCGCUCAAAACAUUGUCAACACUCCCCUCUCCAUGAGACUUCCUGCGGACAAGUUGGUGUGGCAUUGGGAGAAGGAUGGAGAGUUUUCUGUUAGGUCUGCGUACCACCUCUUAUGUGAGGAGAAAGCAAGACUUCAACCGGGUCCUUCAACGCCGCAAAGAGAUAAGUUGUGGAAAGAAAUCUGGCGUGCACCCAUUCCAAACAAAAUUAAAAAUUUUAUGUGGAGGCUUGCAAAGAACAUCCUACCUACUAGAACAAAUCUCAAAAACAAAGGUAUUCUUCUUGAUCUUCAAUGUCCCCUCUGUCAUGUUGAAAAUGAAUCCUCACAUCACCUCUUUUUGAAGUGUAAUCUGUUCAAAUUAUCCCUGUUUGCUUCCCACUUGGGUUCCCAUAUCCCAAACGAUAUUGAUUUACAUGACUGGAUCCUAAAAUGGUUAACUUGCAAAGACCCUUGGGGUGUCCAACUGUUUUGCACACGGUUAUGGAAGUUUUGGGCAGGCCGAAACGCCACAGUUUUUAAGGGGACUCCUAUUAACCCAGUAAGUCUGGAAAAUGAAGCUUUGGGCUUUGUUAUUGAGUUUAAUGAAGCCAAUCCUAGAAGGUGCAGCAGGAAUGCCAGAACAGCUCCUCUGACGCAGCCGGUUACAACUCUGUUUUCUGCUUUUGUGGACGCUGGGUGCUGCCUGAGCGGCCCAACUGUGUGGGGAUUAAUCAUUCGAAACCAAAGAGGGGAGGUGGUGCUUAGCAAGUGCAAGAAGGAGGAGAUUGGUGUUGAUCCCAUUGUGGCUGAAGCGCUAGGUGUGAGAUGGGCUCUCCAAGCUCUCACUGAACAUGGAAUCAACUCUGUAACCAUUCACUCUGAUGCAGCAAAUGUAGUCAACUGUAUCAAUGGAAAAUCCAGUUUUGCAUCAAUCAAUAUGGUAGCUCAAGACUGUAGAGACUUAAUGUCUAGUUUGUCGGAUGUUUGUAUUAUGUUUAUUAGUAGAGGGCAGAAUUCUGAUGCACAUAAUUUAGCUGCUCUGGCAAAAAUUGUGGGCACUAGUACUUGGCUUGGGGCAGCUCCUGCUAGCUCCUUAUUUCCUGUUUAUGUUCCUCAAAACUCUGUCAGUUGUAAUCCUUUAAGCUGUAUACCAGCUUUUUCUUAA